CACCGCCCCAGACCGCCGCCUGCGACUCCGGCCUCUGCGCGCUGUGAGGACUCUGGGAGACGCCCGCGAUGGAGGCGGUGACCUUUGAUGAUGUGGUUGUGAACUUCUCCAGGUAGGAGUGGGAUCUCCUGGAUCUGUCCCAAAGGAAGCUCUACAGAGAUGUGAUGUGGGAGACCUUUAAGAACCUCGCUGCUGUGGGGAGGAGCUCAGAUGACCAGCACCUUGACGAUAAGGACAGAGAAUGCGGGAAACAGCUCAGAAGUGAAGAGGCAGAGCAAUCCUGUGAGUAUGAAUUAUGGUGUCAGUGUGGAGAAAUGGGUUCUCAGCCUCCAGAUGCAAAUGCGCACCUGACGGUUGUUGAUAUACAGCCAGAUGAAAGCCUUUCUUCUGGAAAGACCUCUGCUGGUCAUUCAGCAACAGGUUGGCCGGUCAUGACCAACACUGUACUCGAAUCAUAUGAGCAGCAAGGAUUUCAAGUAAAGCUAUCGGCGUGUAAGAGACUUGGCAAAGCCUGCUGCAAACUCCAGUCCUUUCAGAUACAUGGAAACACAUGGGAGAAGCUCCAUGAAUUUGUGCCAUGUGCCAAAUUGUACUCUGAUUUCACUGAAGAAAGUAGCAUUGUGAAGAACCCAGAAGUCAAUUCAUGUGUUAUACCAAAUGAUGUUGAGAACUGGGACAGAGGUCACCAUGAAGGGUGUAUGUGUUCAACUGUACCAUACAAAACAGGUUUUAAUUCUCCCUUCAGUGUUGAAGCCCAUGAGAAAUCUCACUGCAGAGAAGAAACUCAUGGACAUAAACAGGAUGGAAAAUCCUUCACUGAUAAUAUAUUGGGUAAUCUUGAACACAGACACAUUGAGGAGACAACCUCUGUAUGUAAGCAGUGUGGGAAAGCUUUCAGAACAAACAGCAAAAGUACAUGAAAGCACCUACUCUGGAGAGAAACCCUAUGUAUGUAAACAAUAUGGGAAUGAUUUCAGUAGAGGUGGUGUUUGUGAAAGGCAUGAAAUGACUCACAAGGGGAUAAACCCAUAUGCAUAUGAGCAGUGUGGCCAGGAUUUCAGCAGUAAAUGUCAUUGGCAA